ACUCUGAUGGGCGUCCAGCCUCAAGGAACUGGAAAUGGUGAACUGCUGUCAUAGACCUUAAAAAUAUAAGUGAGGAAGAUAAAAACCAAACAAGCAAAUAAUAGUUACGUGUGAAGAUCUGUUUGAAAUGUGGUGGUUUCAGCAAGGCCUCAGUUUUCUUCCUUCAGCCGUUGUAAUUUGGACAGCUGCUGCUUUUAUAUUUUCAUAUAUAACUGCCAUUGUACUUCACCAUGUGGACCCCGCUUUGCCUUAUAUCAGUGACACUGGUACAUUAACUCCAGAAAAAUGCUUGUUUGGGGCAAUGUUAAAUGUAGCUGCAGUUUUAUGCAUUGCUACCAUUUAUGUUCGUUAUAAACAAGUACAUGCUCUGAAUCCUGAAGAGAAUCGUAUCAUCAGAUUAAACAAGGCUGGACUUAUAAUUGGAUUAAUCAGUUGUUUAGGACUCACCACUGUGGCAAACUUUCAGAAAACAGCUAUUUUUGUUGUACACAUAUUUGGAGCCACACUCACCUUUGGUAUGGGCUCAAUAUAUAUGUUUGUUCAGACCAUUGUCUCCUAUCGAAUGCAGCCCAAAAUUCAUGGCAAACAAGUUUUCUGGAUAAGACUUCUGAUAGUUAUCUGGUGUGGAGUAAGUGCCUUUAGCAUGAUGAUUUGUUCAGCACUUUUGUACAGUGGCCGUUUUGGUAAUGAUGUAGUUCAGAAACUCCAUUGGAACACUGAGGAUAAGGGCUAUGUGAUUCAUCUGAUCACAACUGCAGCUGAGUGGUCUAUGGCAUUUUCCUUCUUUGGUUUUUUCCUGACUUAUAUUCGUGAUUUUCAGAAAAUUUCCUUAAGGGUAGAAGCCAAUUUACAAGGAUCAACCCUCUAUGACACCGCUCCUUGCCCUGUUGUUAACGAUGAACGAACACUACUACUUCCCAAAGAAGUAUGAUGAAAGGAUAAAAUAUUUCUGCAAUGAUUAUAAUUCUCAGGGAUUGGAAAAAAUGAUCAUGAAAGUUACUUAUUUUGCUCUGAAAUUUUCAGUCAACCAACCAAGACUGACACUGAUCAUGAUGGAUGCUGAUGAUUGAGAUGUGAAGUAAACUAUUGAAGAACUUGUUUAAGGAUAUCAUAGAGAGUACCACAUCAAAAGAUUUAUGCCCAUGCCUAUUUUUUUUAACCCUAGGAAAUAAUACCAAAGGACUACAACAAUGCAACAGUGAAGUUUGUUUCCUUCUUUCAGAAGAAGACAAGACAGUCUAAAAGACUCUGCCUUUCACAUUUUAUAAAUCACUGUAAAGCAUUUUUUAUUUGCUUUAAGCACUUUAAUGAGAGACAUGUUCAGGACUCUAAUUAUCAUUGCUGAGUAGCCCCUAUAGAACUACUGGUUUUGAAAUAAGAGUUGAUGACAUAGUUUUUAUCAAUGCAAUACAUUUCUUAAUAUGUUUUUUAAUUUUUCUAGAUUCCACUUAUAGAAGGUAGCAGAUUACAUGAGUUAUUUCAGUUGCUUAAGUUUUACGCAGAAGAGUCUGUGAGUAUUGAUUUGACUUCUACGUGGGGCCAGAAUCUUUGGCCUGUCACAAAAGGCUUUCAAUAAUUUAAUGAAACUUAGUCUCUGGUAUAUUUUAAUCACUA